AGCCGAAUGCAUCUAGAACGUUCGUUCUCGCUAACCGAUCUAAAAACGUACGCAAAUGACGCAUCCGACGUGUUAUAUAUAAGCGGGCUGGUCUCGCAAUAAAACAGACGAUAGGUAAACGUGAUUAGAUAAAAAUGUCUCUGCUACCUUACAUCUUUGACUACGACGCGCCUCGAUGGCCGAGAAGACUUCUCGACCAAAAUUUCGGGCUCACGAUCACACCGGAAGACCUUUUGAACGCAGCUACCAGCCCCGUGGUGCCGCGCCUCAGACCGUGGUGGCCGAAAGACGCCGGUUCUUCAAUCAAAGCUGACAAGGACAAGUGGCAGAUCAACGUGGACGUGCAGCACUUCGCUCCCGACGAGGUCACGGUCAAAAUCGCCGAUGGGUACAUCGUCAUCGAGGGUAAACACGAGGAGAAGCAGGAUGAGCACGGUUACAUUUCGCGGCAGUUCGUGAGAAGGUUCAAGCUGCCUGAUGACAGCAAUCCUGACGCGGUCGCAUCGAGGCUUUCUUCAGAUGGAGUCCUCACAGUGGUGGCUCCGAGACAAGCUGAGGCUUCAAAGAACGAGAGAGACGUUCCCAUAACGCACACCGGACCGGUUCGGAAGGAGAUUACAGAAGAAACUCCGAGCAAGUGACAAAAAUUACUGUGAUGGAUAAAAUUAAUUAAAAAUUACUGUGAUUAACUUGCGGACUAAAUAAUAAUAAUAAUGGUUGGUUUGAAGUAAGUAUCAGUUGAAUGGAAUAUUUGAAAUGUAUUCAACUGAUAAUUAUUUUUAAUAAAUGUAUCUUUUUUAUUUGAUUGGUUUUGUUAAUUUUAAGUAUGUUUCAAUGAUACUAUGUACACAUAUGGACUUGUUGUCUGAAAUAAAAUAAAUCAUUCAUUCAUUCAUUCAUUCAUUCAUUCAUAACCGUUCAAA